CGGUGGCUCAGACCGCGGCUGCGGCGGGCGCGGGCGGCGGCGGCCCGCCAGUCCUGGGACCUUCGCCUGCGCGCCUACCCGCGGGGGAUCGGUGCCCGCUCCGGCCCUCCGCCGGGACCGGGACGUCAGGCCCCCGGCCCUGCCGCCCCCCCACGAUGAGGAAGUUGAGGCUUAGAGAAGGAAAGUGAUACACUCAAGUCCUGUGAUCCCAGUCCAGGAACCAGGUGGUCAGCCGCCGGGCCCAUGCCGUGAGGCCGCCACCAGCAUGCCUUGGGACGCACGGCCCGGGGGCGGUGCGGACGGCGGGCCCGAGGGCGCAGGCGCGGCGCGCUCCCGGGCGCAGAAGCAGUGUCGCAAGUCGUCGUUCGCCUUCUACCAGGCCGUCCGCGACCUGCUGCCGGUGUGGCUGCUCGAGGACAUGCGCGCCAGCGAGGCCUUCCACUGGGACGAGCGCGGCCGCGCCGCCGCCUACUCGCCCUCCGAGGCGCUGCUCUACGCGCUCGUGCACGACCACCAGGCGUACGCACACUACCUGCUGGCCACGUUCCCGCGCCGCGCGCUCGCGCCGCCCAGCGCCGGCUUCCGCUGCUGCGCCGCGCCCGGGCCGCACGUGGCGCUGGCCGUGCGCUACAACCGCGUGGGCAUCCUGCGCCGCAUCCUGCGCGCCGUGCGCGACUUCUCGCCCGAGGAGCGCGCGCGCCUGCUGGACCGGCGGGGCUGCGGCCGCGUGGAGGGCGGCGGCACGGCGCUGCACGUGGCCUGCGAGCUGGCGCGCCCCGAGUGUCUCUUCUUGCUGCUCGGCCACGGCGCGUCUCCCGGCCUGCGGGACGGCGGCGGCCUGACGCCCCUGGAGCUGCUGCUGCGCCAGCUGGGCGGCGACGCCGGGGCCACCAACGCCGCCGCCGCCUCCGGGGUGCCCGCCGCGCCCGGGGAGACGCGCCAGCGCCGCCUGCUGCUGCUCGACCUGCUAGCGCUGUAUGCGCCCGCCGGCGCCGCCGCGCCCACCCGCCGGGAGCUGCUGGGCGACCGGCCGCGCUGGCAGCGGCUGCUGGGCGAGGACAAGUUCCAGUGGCUGGCCGGUCUGGCGCCGCCCUCGCUCUUCGUGCGCGCCAUGCAGGUGCUGGUCACCGCCAUCUCGCCCGGACGCUUCCCCGAGGCCCUGGACGAGCUGCCCCUGCCGCCCUUCCUACAGCCGCUGGACCUCACGGGCAAGGGGUAGACCUUGCCGGGGUGAGGGGGGAACACCCCCUAGGCGCUGGAUUUUUGGAAAAUCUAUUUUUCAGAGCGAUGUACCCAGCACUUUACAUAUAUUGGUCUCUGUA